AUGAACCACUUGACCACAUCAGAGCAGCUCCGGUUUCUGUCAGUUGGGACUUGUCUUCGGAAUGAUCUACAGAGCCAGCGAGAGAGCAGCCCAGAACAGGUGCUCGACCUGAGCUUGCGCAAACCUUCAGUUAAUCAAAGCAGACCUGCGGAUUACCACCUUCCUGACUGCGUGCAGAGCGAUUCCUUGCCUCGCUGUACCACUAUACCAGCUAGAACAAACAGCAUUGACGCAAGUGCACCAGCCACACAUUUUUUCAGCCAUCCUGGUUGUUCUUUCCAAGCGGCGAUCGCCGCGAUGACAGACAAUGAGUUCUGGUUAUAUUUUCGUGCUGACGACAAAUCCCGUGUGCAUGUUAACGGCACUGUCUCGCUUGGCGCUGGAAUUCCGCACUCCUUGCCGCCUACUUGGAUGUUCAAACCUCCUUACCAAUCGUUCAGCCUGUCGUCAGUGACUCGAGCAGCAGAACUUCCUAGAGAUUUAUCUGACUCCGGUUCUAGUCGCAACGCGAGUGCGGUACACAAGAAUGAACAACAGAACAACCAUCUUGCUCUAAGAAACUCGAAAUGUGUUACGGGAAAUGCUCCUUUAGACCUACAGCAAAUAUAUGUGAGAGCGAAGGAUUUGACACGGCUUGCGGAGCACGAAGCCGCUUUGGAUCCCAAGACCAAAAUGUGCCCGCAGGAUAAGCUGGACAGGUUGUCCGGAGGAGAUCACUUGACCAGAGCAGUUGAAGCACCCUAUCCACCAAGCGUCAGUUCCAGGUCCGAUAACCAACCAAAAUUCAACACACCCAGAAACAGACAUGGGAGCAGUCUUUGUGCACCAGCUCUAUCCCCUGCAUUCCUCGAUCAUAUAAAGGAAAUAUCUCAUGUACGCAACUCACCUACUACGAAAGAUUGUUCCACCCGAAACAGCCAUUUGGGCUCAGCACUGUGUUCCUCAGUUACCGAUAAUGAAACCCCAUAUUUGCCUCAGCAACUCCGAAACUCGUCAGUUCCACUCACAAACAUGUUAUGCCCAGCGAAAUUUGACAGAUACCGUGACAGCGGAGGAUGCAUACCGGUGGCGUCUCCCUAUCGAUACAAAUGUCCAUUUUGUGUGAAAACCUUUCCCCGCUCUGCGAACCUUAACCGCCAUUUGCGUACGCAUACAGGUGAGCAACCAUACCGCUGUGAGUUCUGCACCCGAGGGUUCAGUAUUUCCUCCAACAUGCAGAGGCAUGUGAGGAAUAUUCACCAGCGUGAACGGCCUUUCGUUUGUGCUAUGUGCGAUCGGGCGUUCGCCCAGCGGACCAACCUGGACAGACACAUGCGGCAUCACUGGGCGAACAGUGGAAAACACUUCUGUGCUGUUAAGCGAUCAGAUGAAGCUGGCAAUUCUGGUGUCCAUCCAACUGAGGCAACGGAUGUGGAAACUGGAGGAAAUGUCUCAACCGAAUCAGUGGGCGCAGUAACUGAACCUCCGGAUGAAAGGAUAACCAGUGAACCCUCCUACACUCAACCAACUAACGGCCAAACUUCGCCUAUCAGCAGUACUUUUAGAGAGUUACAAUAUCAAGACAAUUCAGACUUUACCUAGGCUGCAUCGGAUAAUCGUGAUUUUACUUAGGUAAAAUUUCCUUCCUCCUCUGAUAGAAGUGAACUCCAAAUGGACCAACUCUCAUGCCCCCUCCAACCCCCCCCUACAUUGGUUUGUGAUGUGGGAGGCAUAAACGAGGUUACGGCGCCAUAGAUUUUUGAUUAAUGCUACAUACAUCCGCCGUUUUACUCUCAGAUCAUGAUCCACAAGCAUAUCCUAACUUGAGUGCCCAUUUGGAACAGAG